CCUCUCCUCACCACACCUCCACGGUGCAGCAGUCCUCCAGUGGAGCAGCAGAAGAAGAAGAACAGCACGCAGCCUGCACCACCGAAGAAGAAGAAAAACCCACGGAGGAAGGUGAAUCUUUCCGUCUCUUCUCUCCGGAUUAACGGACAGUCUGUCGGUGUUCCUCCCGUCGGUUAACCGGGGCUCACGGUGCUCUCACGGUGUGUUACUCCUAGUCCUCCCAAGUCCUCCCAAGUCCUCCCAAGUCCUCCCAAGUCCUCCUAGUGUCCCCACCAUGGUCCUGGGGGAGGUCCCGGUGGAGAACAUCGCCCGUCCUCUGGGCAGGAACGAGGUGAUGGGCCUCAUCUUUCGCCUCACCAUCUUCGGAGCCGUCACCUACUUCACCAUCAAGUGGAUGGUGGACGCCAUCGACCCCACCAGGAAGCAGAAGCUGGAGGCGCAGAAGCAGGCGGAGAAGUUAAUGCGUCAGAUCGGAGUGAAGAACGUGAAGCUGUCAGAGUACGAGAUGAGCAUCGCAGCUCACCUGGUCGACCCGCUCAGCAUGCAGAUCACCUGGAGGGACAUAGCUGGUCUGGACGAGGUGAUCACUGAGUUGAAGGAGACGGUGAUCCUACCGGUCCAGAAGAGACACCUGUUCCUGGGCUCCAGACUGCUGCAGCCCCCUAAAGGCGUGUUGCUGUACGGGCCCCCCGGCUGCGGGAAGACGCUGAUCGCCAAGGCGACGGCGAAGGAGGCGGGGUUUCGGUUCAUCAACCUGCAGCCCAGCACCCUGACAGACAAGUGGUACGGAGAGUCUCAGAAGCUGGCCGCCGCCGUCUUCUCUCUGGCCAUCAAACUGCAGCCCUCCAUCAUCUUCGUGGACGAGAUCGACUCGUUCCUGAGGAGUCGCUCCAGCUCAGAUCAUGAAGCGACGGCCAUGAUGAAAGCUCAGUUCAUGAGUCUGUGGGACGGACUGGACACAGACACACACUGCCAGGUGAUCAUCAUGGGAGCCACUAACCGUCCUCAGGAUCUGGACUCAGCGAUUCUGAGGAGGAUGCCCACCAGGUUCCACAUCAACCAGCCUAGCAACCAGCAGAGAGAGCAGAUCCUCAAACUCAUCCUGGAGGACGAGAGCGUGGACCUGUCUGUGGACCUCUGUGGCGUCGCCAAGGAGACAGAGGGUUUCUCAGGAAGUGACCUCAGAGAGAUGUGCAGAGACGCAGCUCUGCUGUGUGUUCGAGACUUCGUCCAUCUGCCGGCAGACAGUGACUCAGACUGUAUUCGUCCGAUCCAUCAGGACGACCUUCAGAAGGCCAUCGGGAAGAUGAAGAAAUCAAAGAUGGCAGGAGGGCAUGGAGCGCUGCUGCACGCUGCUCUGGACUGAACACACACACACACACACUCCACACACACACACACACACACACACUCACACACACACACACACACACUCUCA